AUGGAGUUGAGCAAUACUUGGAGUAAUAAGCGGAUUCAUGAUGAAUUUGAUCAGCGACAAAAUUUCCAUGCACUCGUUUUUGGCAUGACAUUUGGGCUGAUUUCUUCACCAUCUCCUCCUAUCUGCACCGACUCAAGCCAGUCAAAACUCUCUUUCAAUAACGUGACCAAGGACUCAAAUGCAACCCAGCCUCCUAAGGGGAUAUGUUUGGAAAAAAUUGGAAAUAGUACCUACGUCCAUAUGGUUCCACAUCCAGAUGGGUCAAACCGAGUUUUUGUGUGUAACCAAAAAGGUAAGAUAUGGUUAGCUGUUGUUCCUGAAGUGGGUUCCUCACAAAGCUUGAUGGUAGAUGAAUCUGACCCGUAUCUUGAUUUAAGUGAUCAAGUGAAAUUUGCAACAGAAAUGGGUCUUAUGAGUAUGGCUGUCCAUCCAAACUUUACAAGUAAUGGAAGAUUCUUUGUUGCUUUUAACUGUGAUAAGUUUCAGCAGCCUGGAUGUGAAGGCAGAUGUUCGUGUAAUACACAUGUUGGUUGUGAUCCUGCAAAACUUGAGUCUCUUCAAGAGAGUUAUCCUUGCCAGUUUCACAUUGUAAUCUCAGAGUUUACUGCUAAUGGCACAACAGCUUCUUCAAAACUUUCAUGGAAGGGACAUGCUAAUUCAGUUGAAGUGAGGAGGAUAUUCACGAUGGGGCUCCCGUUUGAAGCAUAUCAUGCUGGCCAGAUUAUCUUUGGCCCUACUGAUGGCUACUUGUACUUCAUGAUCGGAGACGCUUCACAUGAUGCCGAUCUAUAUAACUUUGCACAAAACAAAAAUUCACUGAUUGGAAAGAUAUUAAGGCUCAACGUAGAUAUUAUACCAAGUGUAGAAGAAAUAAGUAAGCUUGGUCUAUGGGGAAACUAUUCAAUACCGAAAGACAAUCCUUACACUGCAGAUAAGGAACUUGAGCCUGAGAUAUGGGCUCUGGGUUUUAGUAAUCCUUGGCGUUGCAGUUUUGACUCCGAAAAGCCUUCUCGCUUUGUAUGUGGAGAUUGUGGGAAGAAUCGAUACGAAGAGAUUGAUAUAGUCAAGAAAGGAGGCAACUACGGGUGGCGUGUUUAUGAAGGACCUUAUCCCACUCAUCCAUUAAAUGCUCCCGGAGGGUACACGCAGCCAACCUCUAUAACUCCCAUAUUUCCUGUGACAGGAUACAACCAUGAUAUUGUUGAUGCAAGCCAAGGCCCUGCCUCAGUGUCGGGUGGUUAUUUUUACCGGGCUUCCACUGACCCAUGCUUGUAUGGCUGGUAUGUAUACACAGACUUGUAUCUUUAUGCCAUAUGGGCAGCUAUUGAAACCACUGAAAACAACGGGAACUUCACUAGUUUCAGUGUCCCUUUCACAUGUGCCCAUGACUCACCAAUGGAUUGUAAAUUCAAGCCAGGGGCUCACGGUGUUCCUGACCUGGGCUACGUAUUGUCAUUAAGUGAAGAUAACAACAAGGAUGUGUACUUAUUAACAAGCAGUGGUGUGUAUAGAGUUGCAGCCCCAAGCCGCUGCGGCUAUCAGUGCUCUAAAGAAAACUAUUCAAAUUUGACUCGAGUUUCCUCAUCACAUGGAACCUUUUUGAAGGCCGCAGCUUUAGCAGCAUGUUUAAUCAUCUCUUUUGUGACAUCUGUUUUCCUUUGA